CACUGCCGCCUGAUUACUUAAUAAACAUUUGUUUUCAUUUAUUCUUUGAAAACUGAAAUAAAACUUGGAUCCGGACACCAUGAGGCACGUCCAGUUCCUGGCUCGCACAGUGCUCGUGCAAAAUAACAAUGUGGAAGAGGCCUGUCGCAUGCUCAAUCGCGUGCUGGGAAAGGAGGAGAUUCUAGACCAGUUUCGCCGCACGCGUUUCUACGAGAAGCCCUACCAGGUGCGUCGCCGUGUCAACUUUGAGAAGUGCAAAGCCAUCUACAAUGAAGACAUGAACCGCAAAAUACAGUUUGUGCUCCGCAAGAACCGGGUGGAACCAUUCCCUGGCUGCAGUUAGUUAUGUUCCCUCUCGUAGAGUUCUUAAUGUAAUAAAUCUAAGAAAACUUGUUGGUAAA